AUGCAUAAUGUUAUAUAUUCUCAGUUAAUAGGAGAUGGUGACAGUAGUAUUAUGAAACGUUUAAGAUUGGAAAAGCCAUAUGGUACAAAUGUUGUUAUAAAAAAAGUAGAAUGUACUAAUCAUUUACUACGUAACUACAUAAAUCGUCUUAGAGAUAUAAGUGGGAAAAGAAAAAAUGAUAAAGGAGAUGUCAUACCUGGUUGUUAUCGGAAAGUGGUUCAUGAUCGCUUACUUAGGCUUCGGUAUGCUGUCACUGAAGCGAUAAAAUAUAGAAGACUUGAACAAACAGAUCGCACAUAUGAAGCAACACUGACUUUACUCAAAGCAGAUAUAACAAACGGACCUAAUCAUGUUUUCGGAGACCACACUAAAUGCCAAUCGUAUUUUUGUGAGGGUCAAAAGAAAGGUAUGUAA